AUGUCUGAAGAAUUCGUUAUCAAACCAGAAAAGGUUACUCCAACCAAUGACACUUCUGAGUGGCCAUUGUUGUUAAAAAACUUUGACAAAUUAUUAGUUAGAUCUGGUCAUUAUACCCCAAUUCCAGCUGGGGCAUCUCCAUUAAAAAGAGACAUUAAAUCAUAUAUUUCUACCGGUGUAAUUAAUUUAGACAAACCAUCCAACCCAUCUUCUCAUGAAGUUGUUGCUUGGAUUAAAAGAAUUUUAAGAGCUGAAAAAACUGGUCAUUCAGGUACUUUAGAUCCAAAAGUUACUGGUUGUUUAAUUGUUUGUAUUGAUCGUGCUACUAGAUUAGUUAAAUCCCAACAAGGUGCUGGUAAAGAAUAUGUAUGUAUUGUUAGAUUACAUGAAGAAUUAAAAGAUGCCAAAGAUUUAGGUAGAUCUUUAGAAAACUUAACUGGUGCUUUAUUCCAAAGACCACCAUUAAUUUCUGCUGUUAAGAGACAAUUAAGAGUUAGAACCAUUUAUGAUUCUAAAUUAAUCGAAUUCGAUAAUAAGAGAGGUUUAGGUGUUUUCUGGGCUUCUUGUGAAGCUGGUACUUAUAUGAGAACUUUAUGUGUUCAUUUAGGUAUGUUAUUAGGUGUUGGUGGUCAUAUGCAAGAAUUACGUCGUGUUCGUUCAGGAGCAAUGAGUGAAGCUGAUAACAUGGUUACUUUACAUGACGUUUUAGAUGCUCAAUACGUUUAUGAUAACACUAGAGAUGAAUCUUAUUUGAGAAAAAUCAUUCAACCUUUAGAAUCUUUAUUGGUUGGUUACAAGAGAAUUGUGGUUAAGGAUUCCGCAGUCAAUUCUGUUUGUUAUGGUGCUAAAUUAAUGAUUCCUGGUUUAUUAAGAUAUGAAGAAGGUAUUGAAUUAUAUGAUGAAGUUGUCUUGAUCACUACCAAGGGUGAAGCUAUUGCUAUUGGUAUUGCCCAAAUGACCACUGUCGAUUUACAAUCUUGUGACCACGGUAUUGUUGCCAAGGUUAAGAGAUGUAUUAUGGAAAGAGACACUUACCCAAGAAGAUGGGGAUUAGGUCCAGUUGCUCAAAAGAAGAAACAAUUAAAGGCUGAUGGUAAAUUAGAUAAAUUCGGUAGAGUCAAUGAAAACACUCCAGAAAACUGGAAGAGUGAAUACAAGGACCAUGAUGAAACUCCUGCUCCACCAGUUCCAGAAUCAAAAUUAGCUGCUCCAGAAGUUCAAUUACCAAAGAAGACUUUGAUUGAAGAAGUUCCAGAAGCUAAAGAAGUCAAAGUAAAGAAGGAAAAGACUGAUGAAGUAAAGAAAGAAAAGAAGGAAAAGAAAGAUAAGAAGGAAAAGAAAGACAAGAAAGAAAAGAAGGAAAAGAAGAGAAAGGCUGAAGACGAUGGUGAAGUAAAGUCUGAAAAGAAGAAGAAAUCUAAAAAGUAA